CCUCCCUCAUUCCCCCCUGCCCUCCCCUGGCUUCCGGCUCCCUUUGGCUUGCCCUGUGACUGGUUCGGAUUGAUCCAGACCUCCUCUUAUCUCCCUACUUUCCUUUUUAACUCUGUCCUUCCCUCCCACCCCCCACUUUACUCCUGCCCAGAUUACCAGCUAUAUAGGGCAGCGGAGAGGACCAAGGAUAGCCCUACCCUGCGAGAGUUCUGGGUUGGGGCAGCAGUAAGGGCUCAGCCCCUCUGAGCCUGUGAGUCAGCACUGUCCUUGGGAUUGGUCCUUACCCUUAGCUCCCCGCCCCAGGGGAGGAGCCAGGCAGCUCUGGGUCCAGCCUGUUCUCUUCUCAGCCAGAGAAGAGGCUCCACGCUGGGCGGGGAUGGGGCCUGAAACUGUCUGGUUCUGAGCUGGGCGAGCUGAAGCCACUUGUCCCUCUCCCUCUCCAGGACUCCUGUGAUUCUUGGGCCAUAGAGGUCCAACCAGACUAAGGGCCUGGGAAUGCCCCCUGCCUGGCCCCCUUGCCUGAACUAGCAGGGGGGCCAGGCUGGGCAGCAGCUCCCUUCUCACCCACCCCAGCCAUGGAUCUCCUGCCCCCCAAGCCCAAGUACAACCCACUUCGGAAUGAGUCUCUGUCAUCGUUGGAGGAGGGGGCUUCAGGGUCUACUCCCCCGGAGGAGCUGCCUUCCCCAUCAGCCUCGUCUCUGGGGCCCAUCCUGCCUCCUCUGCCUGGGGAUGAUAGCCCCACUACCCUGUGCUCCUUCUUUCCCCGGAUGAGCAGCCUGAAGCUGGCUAGUCCGGCUGGGGGGCGCCCAGGGCCUAAGGGGGAGCCAGGAAGGGCAGUUGAGGAUGGGGAGGGGAUCCUAGGGACAGCCGCGCCAGACUCAGGCUCCCUGCCCCUCCUCCAGGACAUGAACAAGCUGAGUGGAGGCGGCGGGCGCAGGACUCGGGUGGAAGGGGGCCAGCUGGGGGGCGAGGAGUGGACCCGCCACGGGAGCUUUGUCAAUAAGCCCACACGGGGCUGGCUGCAUCCCAACGACAAAGUCAUGGGACCUGGGGUUUCCUACUUGGUUCGGUACAUGGGCUGUGUGGAGGUCCUGCAGUCGAUGCGUGCCCUCGACUUCAACACCCGGACCCAGGUCACCAGGGAGGCCAUCAGUCUGGUGUGUGAGGCUGUGCCGGGUGCUAAGGGGAUGACGAGGAGGAGAAAGGUACCUGGGCCCUGCAGCCGCCCGCUCAGCUCUGUCCUGGGGAGGAGUAACUUGAAAUUUGCUGGAAUGCCUAUCACUCUCACUGUCUCUACCAGCAGCCUCAAUCUCAUGGCCACAGACUGCAAACAGAUCAUUGCCAACCACCACAUGCAGUCCAUCUCAUUUGCGUCCGGUGGGGAUCCGGACACAGCCGAGUAUGUUGCCUAUGUUGCCAAAGACCCUGUAAACCAGAGAGCCUGCCACAUCCUGGAGUGUCCCGAAGGGCUUGCCCAGGAUGUCAUCAGCACCAUCGGCCAGGCCUUUGAGUUGCGCUUCAAACAAUACCUCAGGAACCCACCCAAGCUGGUCACCCCCCAUGACAGGAUGGCUGGCUUUGAUGGGUCAGCUUGGGAUGAAGAGGAGGAAGAGCCACCUGAUCAUCAGUACUACAAUGACUUCCCCGGGAAGGAGCCCCCUCUUGGGGGGGUGGUAGACAUGAGGCUUAGGGAGGGAGCCACUCCAGGCGCCACUCGGCCCACUCCUCCCACUGCCCAGACACCCAGCCAUUUGGGUGCCACACUGCCUGUUGGGGGAGACCCAGAAGUCCGCAAACAGUUGCCACCUCCACCACCUUGCCCAGGUAGAGAGCUCUUUGACGAUCCCUCCUAUGUCAACGUCCAGAACCUAGACAAGGCCCGGCAAGCAGGGGCUGGGGCUGGACUCCCCAAUCCUGCCAUCAAUGGCAGUGCACCCCGGGAUCUCUUUGACAUGAAGCCCUUCGAAGAUGCCCUUCGGGUGCCUCCACCUCCCCAGUCAGUGUCCAUGGCUGAGCAGCUCCGAGGGGAGACCUGGUUCCAUGGGAAGCUGAGCCGGCGGGAGGCAGAGGCACUGCUGCAGCUCAAUGGGGACUUCCUGGUGCGGGAGAGCACAACCACCCCUGGCCAGUACGUGCUCACUGGCUUGCAGAGUGGGCAGCCCAAGCAUUUGCUACUGGUGGACCCUGAGGGUGUGGUUCGGACAAAAGAUCACCGCUUUGAGAGUGUCAGUCACCUCAUCAGUUACCACAUGGACAAUCACUUGCCCAUCAUCUCUGCGGGCAGCGAACUCUGUCUACAGCAACCUGUGGAGCGAAAACUGUGAUCCUCCUAACACUCUCUUACAAAAGAUGCCCUCCAGCCCCUCCCACACUAGUCCCUAACUCUCAGGACCUCAUUUGGGGGUGUCCUGUGGGCUUGGCCUUGUGUAGGUGCUGGGAGUAGUGUGAACAGUGGAUUUAGUGUCGAGCUGUGUGAGAGGGUUUGAGUCAGGAGUCUGCAGUAGACCCCAACAUCACCAAAGUAUUAAUGUACAGAGUGGCCCUUACCUGGGCCUUUCCUGUGCCAAUCAGAUGCCCCCCUGCCCCUAGAAGGUGAGUGUUUGUAAUGGAAAAGGUCCUGUGGUGACAAGCCUGGUAGAGCAACCUCCCUUCUGGGGAAGAGGGAACAAACCACACCUCUGGUCUCUCCCUGAGUUUCAGGGUAUUCCAUAUCCCUCUCAACAACCCUCAUCCCAGGGUUUAAACUUUGUGCCUUUGACCAUCUCCUAGGUCUGAAGAUACUUUAUGCAAAGAGUUCUCAGGCCUCUGAGUUCAGUAACAGGGGUGCUGACACCUUGGCUUCAGGACUCUUGUCUUCUCUUUGCUCAGCAACCCCUCCAGUUUGGGUUGGGAGAACAGAGGAGUGGCAGCUGUCCCCUCUCCCUAGGGAUAUGCAACCCUUAGAGAUUGCCCUAGAACCCCCCUCCCAGCCAGGGGGGAUAUGGAACCCUCUUCUGCUCAGUGCCUCCUGGCACACAAGUCCCACCUCCCAUGGUGCCUGCUUGUUUAACUCCAUGGCCAAAGUGCAGCCCUUCCUCCCUUGGCCUCAUCCUGCCUUCCCUUCUAGGGUAGUGGGGGUGGUGGUGGUGACAGAAUUUGGGCCUCCUGUACUGGGAACGCUCCCAAGGUGGAUUUUGUGGGGUGGACAGGGCAUUGAGACUUUAAAGCAGUAGACAAUCCCCAAAUACCAUCUAUAGAUUUGAAAAUACAUUCAUUUUAAAUUUUAUAUGGAUAUGUUUUAGGGUUGUAGAAUUACUUUCCUAAUUUUGUUUCCAUGGCUGACUGAGCACAAAUGAUAAUAAUCAAUCGCAUUUACACAUCACCUCUUUGACGUUCUCUAACCCCACUGGGGCAGAAAGUGACACCGAGCCAGAGCGUGAAGAACGUGGCCUCUGACAGAUGCCGGGGAGCAGCAGUUUGGCUGGAUAUAUGUCACAGGUCCCCGAAGGGCAAUCCUAAGACUUACAGCUCCGAUACCUGCUGCAGGCCGAUAGCUCCAGGCCUGCGGAUGGGCCGUUUCCAUCCUGGCUCCUUUCUUUGUUCGGUUGUUUUCACGGGUCUCACUUUUACCAAAGGGAAAAUGUCUUCAUUAAAGUAGCGUUUCUUCUA